GUUAAAGUUAAAUAAUAAACAACCAAGUAGACUAGAUCUAGAGCUAAACAAUCUUGUCUAGACUCUGCAUCUAGAUCUAAAUAACAAAAAAAAAAAUGAGGCCUAACAGAGGCAGACCUGGCAUGCGAGGAGGAAUGAGGGUUCCUGCUAGGCCAUUUGGUGCCCCUCCGUUUAGGCCCUUCAUUCCUCACAUUCCAUUUGAUCUUGUGCAGUGUGAAAAUGCAUUUCCUAGAGCUAAACCAGCCCCUGAAGAGAAAGCUUUAACAGAUGCAUUGUUGAAGCGGCAUACUGACCUGACUCCAUCUUCUGCUGAACAAGCUUCCAUACUCGCCCUUGUGACCAAAGUGCAAGGAAUUCUAGACAAUCUGGUUAUAGCACCUACAGGAUUUGAAGCAGCAACUUUAGAAGAAGUUCGACAAGUUGGCUCCUUUAAAAAGGGUACAAUGAUGGCUGGACAUAAUGUGGCUGAUAUUGUUGUCAUGUUCAAGACUUUACCUACAAAGGAAGCUGUAACAGCCCUUGCUAACAAAGUUUCUGAAGAGCUUAAGUCUCAAGAACCACAAGAAGAAGCUGUUCCACCAAGAAAAAGAGUUGCUCAGAAUUUGCCCAAAACAGUUGUGUCCAUGUUGCCAAGUGAAUCAGGUUUUGAAGUGACAGUUGGGGACACCUCUGUACAGUGCCUCAUAACAACUAUUCCUCCUAAUUUGAAAAAAUUGGAUCCAGAACUACACUUGGAUGGUAAGACUAUGAACUCUCGUCUUGCUGCUAUCAGACAUGCCAGAUGGUUUGAAGAAAAUGGCCAGCAGUCAAGCAUUAAAGUACUCAUUCGAUUGCUUAGAGAUCUGAAAAAUAGAUUUGAAGGUUUAUCUCCCUUGACUCCUUGGAUUAUUGAUUUACUGGCACAUUUUGCAGUUGUCAACAAUCCAUCUCGACAACCUUUACCAAUCAAUCAAGCAUUUAAACGAGCUCUCCAGAUGUUAGCAGCUGGAUUUUUUCUCCCAGGCUCUGUGGGCAUUACUGAUCCAUGUGAACAGGGAACUCUUCGUGUACAUACGGCCUUGACACUGGAACAACAGGAUCAGGUAUGUUUUACAUCCCAGACAUUACUGAGGGUUCUAACUCAUGGUGGAUAUAAACAAAUUUUAGGCAUGGAAGGAAAUGCAAGUAUUGCUACGGAGAUGAGUGUCUGGGAGGGAGUUGUUGUCACACCUUCAGAUAAAGCUUAUGAAAAAACACCAGAGAAAAAAGAAGACCAGGAUGAAGAAAUGGAAGAAGAUUUAGAUGGCGAGAGUGGAUAAAUUGUGAAUGGUUUUUGUUUUGUUUUGUUUCUCAUUGAUAUUGUAAAUAGUACAUAUUUACUUUUAUUAAUUUUCUUAUGUGGUUAUUCCAUUGUAAUUAAACAUACCCGAAACUAUCAUCAUAACUAAAUAUACUUGAUGUUCAAGUUUGAUUUUGUGUUGCUAUUGUCUAGGCUGUAAUUUAAUGAUGCUCUCUUUGACAACCUUUCACCGGUCAUUAGAAUUGUUGUCUCUGUUAAGUAAAGACAAAAACAUAACUGGUUUAUCCAUUCUCUGUUGAGUUUGAAAUGCAAUAUAAUGUGUACUUGUUUUAGCGACUAAUUUGUUGUACAAAUGAAAGUUCUGGUGUAACUUAACUUGGCAUCCUUAAUUUUGUGUCUGUAGAUUUAUUUUGUAAAUUGUUUUGUAGAUUACAAUAUUUACAAAUGUUUAUCAAAAAGUGUUUGUUGUUUAUUAGACUAUGGUAAAUAAAAAGCACUGUUGUGUAUCUGAAUUGUUUUAAAGUUGUGUCAGCUGCUUCAAUAAUUAAUUAACCCAUUAGCUUCUUCUGCAGUUGGAAACGUUUUCCCGUUUUUGUCCUAAACCGUUGUAGAAUGUUUCUAAAACCCCCUAUUCAAUAGACUU